GAGUCAGGGCUUUGGGCUAGGGCCAUGGAAUAAACCAUUGUGUGGUAGGGAGAGGCAGCCCUCAGCCCACACUUAAACCAGGAAGGCCUGGAAAGCAGACCAAGGACUAGCUGCAGAAGUACAGCUGGACUCCUAGAAAUGCUUGAGACCUGGAGCAACUCCAGGACAACUCAGGCACUAGUUUUCCCCUGGGGCUCUCACGGAUGCCUCGGGGUUCCUGGGAGGAAGAGGUGUUGGCCCAGAGGGACAUAGCGAGCCAAGAGCCAACUGAUGAGCAAGCGGGGCAGGCCUUGCUCACGAGGCCAGUCAGUGGGCGGGCCCAGGCCAAGUUUCACUUCCGGCACUGCUGCCAGCAGCGGGAGGAGCAGAGUGCACACAAGCACUUGCUUGCCUGCCUGCCUGCCUGCCUGCACGCCCGUCUGCCCCGCUCUGGCAGGUUCCUACCCAGACAUGGGCUCACAGGCCCUGCCUCGUGCUCCCAUGCAGACCCUCAUCUUCUUGGACCUGGAAGCCACCGGCCUGCCCUUCUCCCAGCCCAAGAUCACAGAGCUGUGUCUACUAGCCAUCCACAGAUGUGCCCUGGAGAGCAGCUCCACACCCCAAGGGCGACCACCUGCAGUGCCCCUACCACCCCGUGUGGUAGACAAGCUCUCCUUGUGCGUGGCUCCAGGGAAGGCCUGUAACCCUGCAGCCAGCAAGAUCACAGGUCUGAGCACAGCUGAACUCACAGCACACGGGCGGCAGCAUUUUGACAACAACCUGGCCAACCUGCUCCUAGCCUUCCUCCAGCGCCAGCCACGGCCCUGGUGCCUCAUAGCCCACAACGGUGAUCGUUACGAUUUCCCCUUGCUCCAGGCAGAGCUGACUAUGCUGGGACUUGGAGGUGCUCUGGAUGGUGCCUUCUGUGUGGACAGCAUUGCUGCCCUGAAGGCCCUGGAGCAAGACAGCAGUACCUCAGAGUGUGGCUCAAGGAGGAGCUACAGCCUGGGCAGUAUCUAUACCCGCCUAUAUGGGCAGGCCCCAGUGGACUCGCACACAGCUGAGGGGGAUGUCCUUUCCCUGCUCAGCAUCUGCCAGUGGAGACCACAGGCCCUGCUGCAGUGGGUAGAUGCUCAUGCCAGGCCCUUUAGCACCAUCAAACCCAUGUAUGGGGUCACAGCCUCCCCUGGAACCAACCCAAGGCCAUCUGUUAUCCCAGCCAAGGCGACUGUGGCCACAGCUAGAAACAGUAGUCCCAACCUCAAAAGGAAUGGAAGACCUAAGGCUUCUCCUCCAACAAAGGUCCCUGGGACCCCAUCACGGGAAGGGCUGCUGGCCCCCCUGGGGCUGCUGGCUUUCCUGACCUUAGCAAUAGCCACACUGUAUGGACUAUCCCUGGCCACACCUGGGAAAUAGACUGAGAAAGAAAAUUUGACAAAUAAAGGUCUCCUUA